AUGGCGACCUCAACUGUCAGCAACAAAGGCGAAGACUGGUUGAAGAUCCAGCAGCUCGUAUUCAAAAACAACACCUACCUGGAUACGUUGUCUAGCAAGGGUCUCCUUUUAUUCCUCAUCGGAAUCGACCUCCACGACAUCCUCGACGGGAGGAAGGGAGAGUACCACGUGCUCCUAGCCCUCGCUCACGACAAGGACACAACGAAGGAGCUUUUCCAGAAUGCAGUGGUCAACGACGAGUUCGAGUUGAUAGCCUCUCUCAAGGAUUUGUUGAGAAAUGGCAAUAAUCUUGACGAGAACAAAUCGGUCUUGCAGGUUGGCUCCGCUGGCACUACAAUCCAUCUGCAUCUGCACGGUCUUCUGCACCCGGGCGCCGGUGAAGGAGUCGUACACGUUUCUUCAAAUGGUUUCGUUGCACACGAUGCGACCGACAUUCGAGCCGUAUUGCAGCAGCUAGGGUCGGAUUGGAACCUCCUCGAGGAUCCCGUGCCUUCAGAUCAUCCAGCCAUCAAGGACUUGGACAGUUUCCUGGAUUCUGAUCGGAAAAACGCCAUCCUGCGGUUUCUGUCGGCGCUACAGCACCUCAGCAACAUCACAGAGGCAGAAGACCUCCCCAUCCUAGUCGCCCUUGUGUUCACCGGCUUUGAGCAGCUUGAUCAAAGCCGCGCGCGCAGAAUGCACAACGAGGCGAAGAGGGUUCAGGCCCGGUCCGAACAAGUCUUUGUUGCGUUGUUGGAAACGUCCUCAGUCCCUCAACCUGCAGCAUUAGCAAUCCCUGGUGGAAAUUCUCCGAAAGACGGAAACGAUCAAUCGACUGCCAUCAGGUCUGGCAAAAAUCCGUCGAGCUAUCCGGCAGCCUACUUUGUGGACCUUCUGCUACUCCUCGAGAAUCAGCCUGCUAAUGCCAAUGUGAUUAUCCCCUUGCCACCAUUCGAUGGCUCAGGAUUCAACACAGGGAGCGUUUCCCAGGGUUCGAUCUUAAAGAAGCUCUUAAACCGACGGCCUGAUGUUGGAGACUUACUUGUCUCGUGCCGUAACACGAACGAGGUGGUGCCCUAUAUCGAUCUUAUGAACGAGGUUCUCGAGUCUGCGCUGCGCUGUUUGCAGACCAAUAAUAACAAGCUCGAGAAGAGCGGCAUGAGAACCCCAGCUCACAAUGCAGACGACGUCGAGAAAGAUACCCAGGAUAGUAGUGACUACGAUGCAGCAUAUUACCCUUUAGGGUCUAUUGAGUCCUCCUUAUCGGCAGACAAAGCAGCAUUGCUGUCUGACGCAGCCAAUGUCGACUGCGCUCUGUAUGGCAGCCUUAUUGUCUACAAGGUGGCACCCCCAUCUGUCUUUCUCUAUGACCAUUCUCAAGAUAGCCUGGAAAGAUAUGUUGCUGCUUCGAAGACCAACCUUCCCGAGAUGGCCUCUGUGUUUCAGCCUUUCGCAAAGUCAAAUGGCUCCAACAGGGUGGUUAUUGCCCGAGCAAGCGCGUCUCAAACACUGGGCAUGAGCCACGCAGACUUCUUGAGCCUGACCAUGGAGUCUUAUUUCGAUCUUCAGCCGGCGACAAUCGAAACGGGCAACCCAUUGCUGCAAGUCGACGAAUAUGGAAAGUUGUGUGGCCUUCUUCCCACCUGGCAUUACUGGGUAUACGAAGAUAAAGAUGCCGACGCGGGUGACGGGGAGUUUGACAUUCUGUAG